AUGGACGUGUGGGGCCCAGCCCGCGUCAGUGGGCAGGGGCACGAGCGGUACUUCCUGCUGGUGGUUGACGACUACUCGCAUUACACCACAGUCUUCCCCUUGCGCAGCAAGGGUGACGUCACUAAGCAAAAUGGGAUUGCUGAGCGCCGCAUUGGCAUGGUCAUGGACGUCGCUCGUACGUCCAUGAUGCAUGCAGCUGCCCCCCAUUUUCUGUGGCCGUUUGCGGUUCAGUACGCCACGCAUCAGCUCAACCUUCAGCCCCGGGUCUCCUUGCCAGAGACCUCCCCCGCCUUGCGGUGGACCGGGAAGGUUGGCGAUGCGUCUGCGUUUCGGGUCUGGGGAUCUCGGGCUUUUGUCCGCGACUUGUCUGCGAACAAGCUAUCCCCCCGUGCUGUUCGCUACGUCUUCCUUGGCUUCCCCCCUGACGCGCCUGGGUGGCAGUUCUACCACCCCACCUCGCGCCGUGUUCAGUCCUCCCUGGACGUCACCUUUGACGAGUCGGUGCCUUACUAUCGUCUCUUCCCCUACCGCAGUGCGCCCCUCCCCCCGCCGCCGCUCUUCCUUGCGCCAGGUCCUCCCCCGGUAGACCCCCUCCCCCCUCAGGGUCAUGCCCCGUCAGGUGUGUCCCAGGUAGACGCAGUCGAGCCUGUCGAGGUAGCUGUUGACUCUGGUGCUGCUAGAAGUGCUGAGCCUGCGGGUGCCGGGUCUGGAGGUGCUGAGUCUGGGGGUGCUGAGCCUCGGGGUGCUGGGUCUGGGGGUGCGGAGCCGGGGGGCGCUAGGUCUGGAGGUACUACUGCUACUGCUGGUCGCGGAGGUGCUCGUACUGGCGGUCCUGGAGCUGCUGGGACUGGUUGCUGA